ACUUUCUAAAACUCCGUAAAGCAGUUUUGGUCAGGCAUGUAGGCGGACAGUUCUGCAGCGGGGUCCUUGGAGGAACAGGAAGAGAAGAUGACAGUUCAUAACUUGUACAUCUUUGACCGUAAUGGAAACUGUUUGUAUUAUAAUGAAUGGAACCGCAAGAAGCAGGCGGGGAUCUCCAAGGACGAGGAGUAUAAACUGAUGUAUGGGAUGCUGUUCUCCAUCCGCUCCUUCGUCAGCAAGAUGUCUCCUCUGGACAUGAAGGAGGGCUUUCUGUCCUUCCAGACCAGCAGGUAUCGUCUCCACUACUAUGAGACUCCCAGUGGACUGAAGUUUGUCAUGAACACGGAUCUGUCAGUGAGCAACGCUAGAGAGACGCUGCAGCACAUCUACAGCAAUCUGUACGUGGAGCUGAUUGUGAAGAAUCCAGUUUGUUCUUCGUCUCCCAGUCUGGACAGUGAACUGUUCAGCAGCCGACUGGACGCCUUCAUCAGAGCUCUGCCUUACUACAGCCCCAGAGCAGCCUGAUGGCAGCAACGCAGGACGUGUUGGAGUACACGCAGUACAUAGAACACACAGUACAUAGAACACAGAGUACUUGUCCACACAGUGACACAGUUUUGUUGUAUUUAUUGUGAGCUUGAAUGUGAUGUUUUCUAUGUAAAGCAGAAUGAAACUAAUGUGAAAAAUGA